AUGCGUUACUUCUUCCUCACCAUCAGUAUCCUCGCCUUUUUGCUGGUUUAUGUGGAUGCCAGAGGCGGUAGAAGGGGCGGCAAAGGGAAGGGCAAGAGUAAUUUACAGUUCGCUCAAGUGGCCGAGUUCUCUUUGAUUCAACAGGAGGUUCUGGAUAAUAGGGUAGGGUGGAUUUUGAUUUUUUUUAAGGAAAAGGUAGUCCGAACAUAGCAAUUUUUAAGUUUUAAACAAAAAAGUUUAAGUCUGAAUCAAACGCAGUGAUUUUUGGUUCAAAAAACCAAACUUUGAGGCUUCAAAAAAGUUUUGUUGUUUUUCAACAUAAAAGUCAAUGUAAAUUGACGACAAAACUUUUGCCUGCCUAUAAUAAUAUUUUUUUCUAUAAAAAAUAACUUUUCAAUGAAUUUCAAACAAAAAACAAGUUAGAAGCUUAUAUUUCGAUUCCUGUUUUUUUAGAGUGCCCAAAUCAUAACAGGCAGUCACUUCAGUCAGCUCUACCGGCUUGGCUAUAAGUUACUAUUGACUUGUCGAGCGCGCGGAGAGCCCAGGCCAAUGAUAAAAUGGUUCAAAGAAGGCGCUGAGUUACAACCUAAAAGCAAUACACAUGUAAGUUAUUUUAAACUUGAUUUUAUUAGCAAAAACUUUCUUUACAAGGUAAAAAGUGGCAAUAACUUUGCCUAUUUGAAGCGAAAAAUUAAAAUUUUUUAAAUUUUUUUUGCCAUUUUAGUCAUUCAAAAAUAGUUCAAAGUUUUAAAGACUUAAUUUCAAAGAUCCGUAUUUUACUUUUUCAGUACUACGAAAAGCCCAUAGGCAAAGACGAGAUCUGGAGCAAACUGGAGAUCGAUCCAGCCACGAUGGGUGAUCAAGGUGUAUAUGCAUGUGUAGCCAACAAUCAGCAUGGUGUAAUGGCAAAGAAUUUUAAAGCAGAAUAUACGUAUUAG